AUGUUCAACUUCACCUUCGCCACACUAUUGUUCUCGCCCGAGGAGGUGGAUGAUCGAAACGAGCCGCCUCUCCUUGCCAUGCUCUGGACCAUCUGUCUCGAGCUCAUCACCGUCUUUCUCUCGAUCUGGGUCCUCUGCGAGCGCUCUCUUCGCAUCAAGAUACAGCAGGAGAUGGUAGAACGCGAGGGUAAGCUGGCCGAGCACGAGGGCAAGUUGACCAAGCUCGUCUCUGAGUUCAAGCAAGUCUUCAUCUAUGCCCAGGGCAUCAUCGCCGAUUUCAACGAUUUCGCCGUCCCCUUCCAAGAGACUAUCAUGGGUUUCUUCGAUAUCAGAGAUCUGAUCGCCGGCGCCAGCGCCAUCGCUGCUGCCCCCGCUGGCAUUGACAUUUCCCCUUCUGCUUCCUGCCCCCAUAACAAAUUCAUGCGGAAGGCCGAGGAGUGCCUCAUCCUCGCCGCCCUUACCCGCAAGUCCCUCUGCAACCUCUUGGAGUACGGCUAUGACGACGCCGUGGACCAGGCCGGCCCCAUCGACGCCCGGUAUGCCCACGGCCUGGCCGAGUUCAAGAGGAGGAUGGCCGAGCUGGAGGCCCAGGGGGAGCUCGAGCCCGACUCCGGUUCUGACCUUGAGUACGAUGACCUCGAGGCCGGCGGCCUGCCUUCUCUGUUCCCCGCGUACGACAACACGACGCGCCUCGUCAGCCUCUGUGACGAAAACGGGGUCGUCAACCCCAACACCCAGGACAAAAAAGAUGGCGAGCUGUUUGUCUAA